AUGCGCUUCGCUGCUAUUCUAUGGCAAGCUGUCGAAAAUAACUUAUUUUUAAUUAAGAUGUUGGUGAUUGUAACAAACCCACAUACAAAACAAAGAAUUAUAGAGUAAGAUUUAAGUGGUAAAGAACAAAAAUAUGAAUAUAAGUAUUUAUCACGAAUAAAUAAAUUAUUAUUUAAGGACUACAGGAAAGAAUAUACUCUUUUCAAUAAUAAUAAGUUUAAGUGUUAUGGCAAGAUAAUAGUGAAAUUUUUCAUAAUUAAUGUGCUUGCGUGCCAUCAAUAAAAAUAUGAAAACUAUCACAUCUUCAUAAAUGGAUGGGGUCAAGUCUAUCAGAAUCCAUAAUAUCAGCAGUAAAUUUUGGUUCUAUUUUAGAACAGGAAAAUCGAAAAUUACUUAGGAAUAUUUCUUUAUAGAGCAUUUUCAAAAUUCUCUUAUAAUUAAUUUUUUAUUAGAUAUGGUGAUGUACUUUUUUGAAAAAACAUAUUUGGUCUUGGUUAUUUGA